AUGUUGGACGCGUUUUCCUUUUCCCCCCACCAUUUCAUUUCAUCAACCCCAGAGUCACUGUCUGACAUCAUCGUCGAUACGAACACCCUCUUUGUUAGCCGCCAUCAACCAACCGACAGUCUCAUGUAUGCCAGUUCCACCGCCCUUCGAUGCUGGGACGAGUAUAUACUUGAGAGAAUGCCCAGACUCCAGCAGAGCCGCCGCCAACGGCCGGUCGAUGAGGAUGAAGAUGUCGACAUGCAUGAGCCACAAGAUGAUCAAUACGCCUCAGAUGGUGCUGCCGAUGAAACGAUGAAUGGUCCUCCAAACGAGGAGCUCAGCCAGUUGAUAAAAGGAUUGGUCCGGUAUGCCAUCGCAUGUGAUUUCUCACGGACCCCCAUUCGGAGAGACGCCAUUAGGGAGAAAGUUCUCGGUACAAAUGGCCGGCAGUUCAAAACAGCAUUUGCCGGAGCUCAGAAACAGCUCCGAGCAGUUUUUGGCAUGGAAAUGGUGGAGCUUCCAGCUAGGGAUAAGAAUCUCAUGACCACCGAGCAGAAGCGGAAAGCCGCCAAAAGCCAGUCCCAAAAGGAAGCCACAUCGAAUGCCUACAUUCUUACCAACAUCCUGCCAGAAGAGCUUCGAACCCCCGCUCUCACCCGGCCCUCAAAGGUCGUGUCCGCCGAAGGUGAAGCAGCGUACACGGCCCUGUACACCACGAUCAUCUCGCUCAUCACCAUCUCGGGAGGCGAGCUCAGUGAUACCCGCCUCAGGAGGCAUCUGGCCCGGCUCAACGCCGCCGAGUAUAUGCCCAGCAUGAACCCAAACGACCCUGCUAACCCCACGGAGAAGACCGACGUUGUGCUACAGAGGAUGAUCAAACAUGGGUAUCUGGUCAGGAUGGUGGAUAACAGGGGCAACGGCGACGACGACUCUACUACGUGGCAUGUUGGACCAAGAGGGAAGGCAGAGGUGCCCAAGGAGUCAAUUGCGGGCUUUGUCAGGACCAUCUACGGUGGCUCGGACCCAGAGUUGGAGUCAAAGAUUCAGAUUAGCUUAAAGGGCGUCAAGGAGAGGAAACCGGAGAUACAUGAGCAGGAGCAGGAGCAGGGACUGGGUGAUGAAGAUGAGGUCCAGGAUGAUGAAGAGAUGCAAGAGGCCGGACCGAGUAAUGGGCAGAGAAGGAGGCAUGCGUAA